AUGGCUCGUGGAAAGGUUCAGCUGAAGCGAAUUGAGAACCCUGUGCAUAGACAAGUAACCUUCUGUAAACGCCGAGCGGGGCUUCUGAAGAAGGCUAAGGAGCUCUCCGUGCUUUGCGAUGCUGAAAUUGGCCUCGUCAUUUUCUCCGCUCAUGGAAAGCUUUAUGAACUCGCCACCAAAGGAACCAUGCAAGGGGUAAUAGAGAGGUACUUGAAGUUCACACAUGGGACUCAAUCUGAAGCUAUCACUGAACCACAUCAUCUGCUAGUGGAUGCUAAAGAGGAAACCAAUGUGCUCAAGCAAGAAAUCGACACAUUGCAAAAGGGUAUCAGGUAUUUGUUUGGAGGGGGAUUAGGGACAAUGGCAAUGGAUGAACUACAGGUUCUUGAGAAGAAUCUUGAAAUCUGGAUGUAUCACGUUCGCUCAAUGAAGAUGAACAUUAUGUCACAAGAAAUUCAAGCUUUGAGAGAUAAGGAGGGAACACUUAAGGCAGCAAAUACAUAUCUCCACGAUUUGGUGUUGGAGAAUACUUCUGUCACAAACUUUGUUCCAUUUGCUACUGAUAUUUCAUAUCCAUUAUUUCUACAAGAUGGGAUUUUUCAGCUCUAG